CAUUCGUCUUGACUUUCAAGCCUUCACUCACCCCUCUCUCUUUUCUCGGCUUGCGCCUUUCAACGACUUCGAGGCGUGCCAAGAGCGCCAAUUUAGCGACGUGGCAUUCACUUUUGGGGCGCUGUCGCGAAUCCGGCAGCCGCCGGCUGGGCGAGAUGUGCAGCUGAAUAUCUGGAUGGAAUUCAUUUCUCUUCUUUCCCGUCUCAAAUCUCCAGUGGCCGGCUUGGGCUCUUUCCUCCCACUCCCGCUCCCUAUGAAUAAAGUAUAUCGUCCUUUGUGACACUCUCCCCGAGCACCACGUUUUACUACAAUGCGGAUAUCGUGACGGUUUCUCCGUGUUUCCACUCAACCAGACCAUUCCCGAGAUGGAGACUCAUCAUAUCUCGGUCACGGAAACGACCCCAACGCCUGUUGCAAUCAAAUCAGAAGAGAUCUCGAAACCUACUCUUGCCGUCAACAUCGUAUCUCUCGGUAAUGGAUAUCAAACCCCAGCGGAGGAGCUGCAACAGUCGGCCAUCAUCUUUAUGAAAAAAAAUGCUGACAAUGAAUCCGCCGAUGAACUAGACGCCAUCUCAGAAGCUCGGGACGAGCCACUUGGUAUUCAAACUGAGACACCAGGAGCCAAGGCCUUGGAGGCAGCAGCAGAUGAUGCGUUGGCAAGAGUAGAACACGAAAUUGGUGUGUGGAUUCUGAUUGGGUUAUAUAUUCGGGUGGCAUUAGGUGACAUCGGCCCGUUCGAAUCUGAUUCCUUUCUGCCAAUUAUCGAAAGCUGUGUGCCGGAGUUGGUAGCCGCACUAGAUGGAGCAUCGCUCCGCAUUCUAAAACUCAUUGUCGACCUUGUUAUCCAGAAGCUACCGGUUCGCGAUGUACCUGAUAAUGAUCGUGGAUUCCUUGUAUCCUAUUACAAGGCUCUUUCUAAGAGGCAAAAUUUCUUCGCCCACAUGUUAGCUAGAUCCUUUGAGAGCCUGACCCCACCACCCAUCGAGCCGGAACCGAGUUCCAUCUGGGUCUACAUCCAAGAUUUCAUAUCGAAACCGCUUCAAUCAGAUUCCCUUUUAGAAUACUCUGCUGGAGAAAUCGCCGAUGCAGCAAUUCUAGCAUGGAUCAAGGCUCCACCGUUGAAGGAAAUCUUAUUAUUUAGUGCCUUUUGUUCUAGGCCCCCGACGGUUCCAGGCUGGACACUUCCUCCCAGAGUCAACUGCAGCUCACAUUGGUCGAUUUUCACAAUAUUUGCGGGAGAGACUCACUUCCUCGACGUCUCGGAAAGUACCGAGGGACAGACCACUCAAACGCCGUUUCCCACCACCGUCGAAACGCACGUCACGGCAUGUGAAUCUUGGACGGUGGAUGCCUUUAAUGUUAUAAUCACGAAUGCUAAUGGCGUAGAAUGCCGUCUUGAAAUUGGCGAGGGGAUUUGGGAGAACGAUGGGUCUAAAUCGUGGACACUUCGGUGGCAGGACCACCUUGGCCAAUUGUGGGGUUUCUCUGCUACGGAAAAAAGCAUAUCUCUCGACCGGAUCUCGAAUUCAAAAUUCAAGGAGAUACAUUGGUCCUUCAAAGGAACGGAUGGCAUCGUCUCUCCUAAUAUGGAUCCUUCAUGGACAUUCAUGUGCGGGUGGCUUCCAUCGCGGACCCUGCCAUUUUCUUGGACGACGACCACACAAAGCUCAAACAUUGCAAUGUUCUUCAAGCCUUUGAUAUCCAAUAUCGAAAUUUUCAAUAGUACAACCCUCGGAGAUAUUCUUGCAAUCUUCUUCCCUGGCAAUGAGGUCUACCAAGCCCUGUUUCAUCGCUUACCCCAACCUAUCGCGGGAUUUUGUUCUACUACGACUCGUCUUAGUUUCUCCGAUAUUGAUGUUAAGUAUCUUCACACACCAACCGGAAACCUAGCAAUCAAGCGGAUCAAUAUCCCGAUUCCUUUAGAGGAGGUAGCCGACUCAAACUCACUUAUCUCUCUGUGUGGAGCCCAAAUGAGUGUUUCCGAUCUUAAUUUGGUCAUUGAAAUCCCUGGCACGGAGGCCGCUAAGCUCGUGUUGAUCUUGUCUGCGGAAACAGCUCUUAGAGAUUCAGAGAUGGCGCUGCAGUUCGAAUUUGAGUUGGUAGGAACGAGAUCUAGAAGUGUGGUGGUCCGAAUCGAUGAAUGUGUCAGCUUGCUAGAUCUCAUCUCUCUAUUCCCAAAGGCUAGUCUUCAUCUGCUAAAGAUACCAUUCGAACUUGAAACAGGGAAUCCCAGCAACAAUGCGAUUAACCAAAUGUUUGACCGUACCGCUGAGACCUGCGCAAAAACCGACUCGAGCCACUCAAUGCGGAUGUUAGACACCUCUGUUUUAUCCAGAAUCGUCGACAAUCCGGCUAGAGAACCCGGCCAAUUGUAUGAUCCUCUCCACCCUUUCUCACUCAUCCAGCCGAAGGAAGAAUCCAGUUCAUCAAAGGCGUCAAUGCCUUCCUCGAUUCAGCUUCACCAUAUCACAAUAUCCGCGCCUACCUCUGAGAUGUCAGCCGAAUCGGGAGCCCUACGUCUGGCUGCGAACGCCUUUUGGGAUAGAUGGAAGUCGAUCAUUUCCAAGAAAAUUCUUCCGAGUUGGACGGUUGAGCCCGUUGAGAUAUCCUUUUCACCUAGAGGAAAUACUAGUCAAAAAGGAGAGGAAGACCUAGAGUUUGAGGCAAAGAUCAAAAUUACCAUCGAAGUUUCGAGUUCCGGUGAAAACUCCUUCUCCAAUGCCGAGACGGAAGCGGACUACAUACUUUCCUGGGGACAAGAUCCAGAGGCUGGGCCUCGCGAGGAAGAUGAUAUCACCUUCGAUUUAGACCUCAGUAGUGAAGUGGAGGAGCUGGAGGACGACGUUCGCAAAGCUCCAGUCCUGCCCGCCCCCUCGCGCCUAUAUCUCACCCUCAACGCUCGGUACCAGCACCUGCACGCUGGAUUUAGUUCCGAUUUCACUAUCUCUCCAAGCAGCGGGGGAAUGAUUAGUGUCGCCCAAAUGCUCGGUGUCAUGCCCGUCGGAAAUAUUUCGAAGAUCCUUGCUGAUAGUUCUCUUCCCGGCAUCAUAUCAAUGACCAAGUUGCAUUUACGCCGCUUUUGGUCUCCCGUCGCUUCUCCCGGCGAAACGGAGGAAUACGCCAGAUGGACCAUUGAGGCCGAGGCCUCAACGUUGUCACUAUUACCUCGUAUUUUAGCAGUCGAGAAUGCCAGUGUCCAUAUCGUUAAUGCCCUAGAGAACUUUUCAUGCACCGGUCACGGUUUUGCUCGCAUUGGAAAAUUGAGAAAACUGGUUGAGGUCUCUUUUGAAAUGCCAGGGCCUAAGAAACAUGGAUCCAUUAUUAUCGGCUCUCCUCUGGGUCUCUUACUUGCUGAUUUGCUUGAGGUCUUCAAUCUGUCGGGUUGCGGUGACUUCCCGUUGAUUGGAAAAGUCUUGGACAUUGAGCUUCUUCGAGUGGAAGUAGCCUUUCGAUGGGAUAGUAUAUCCUCUACUUUCAAAGUAGCUGGACUCUCUUGCAACAUCCGAGCAAUCGAUGAGUUGGUCAUGGAUAAUCUUACCCUGACACAAUUGACGGCUAGACUAUCAUAUAGCAAGGAGGCAUGUUUCCACGAAAUCAAAGACGAACAUGGAGAAAACACAGACACCUACGUAUUCACUGCUACCGCCUCUACCAUGGAAGACAACCUUGACGUUUUUGUAGACUGGAACAGCUGCAACGAACUUCUUAUUAAGGCUCGCUUCCAGCCUACAGCACCCAUAGAUCUGCCUAAGAUCGUUGGCCACUUCCACAAUGGCUUGAGUUGGCCCCCUUUCCCGUUCCUCGACCAGGCCCGAUUUAUCGAAGGGCGCACCUGCCUUUCUGCCACGGGCAAAGAAUUAUGGACCGAUAUGUUCGAGUCCGCUUUCGGUGACCUCUUUGCCUCGUCAAUAGACACUCUAGCAACCCAAUUCGAGAUGGAAUUGGGCGAUACCCAUAUCAUUUGGCAGACUAGGAAAUUGGGGAUUCUUCUGAAAUUCGGCUCUUCCAAAUCUAUGACAUUUCUGGCCUUGCUUCGACUCAUUAUAGGUCCUGACAUCUUCGACUCGAUAUUCUCCUUCCUGGACGAUCUUUUGCUUGACUCUGGUCAGAUCAUGAUUACCGACCAUUUACGUUGGUUCAUUCCCUGCAUUAACUUCCGAGGCCCUCGCAUGGCUUUAUCGUUUUCUAUGACCUCGAUCGGCGACUGCGAUAUCAAACUCGCCUUUGAAGCGCUUGAAGAUGUCAGGAGUCUUGAACUACUAGCAGAAGUCUUCCCAGUUUCCAUAUCUACUGUUCCGCCUCUCCUCUCCCAGCUCUAUUUCCAGAACGGUACCAUGAGCUGUGUGUACUCAGAACAGGGAGUAUCUGUUUCUGGUUUCACUGCAACCCUUGCGAGCUCCCAGUUCAAUGCGAAUGCUACCUUGCUUCAGGAUUGUUUCGAACUUAGAGUGUUUCCUCGGAAUGACUUGACGGCAAUCAAUGUCCUAGAGCUAUUGCGGCCAGGUCUCGGACCAAUACGUCUCCCACUACUCCAGAAUCUCCAAUUCAUCAAGGCCAAUAUGUCUGUUAAGAUGAACGGAGACAUCCGUUUUAUCAACUGGGCCCUUAAACUCUCCACCCCGCAUCUCGAUGUCACUCUAGCAGCGCAAGAAGACACACAGGCCAUUGUUAUCAAGAUCAAGCCAACAGCGCCAUACACUCUCACGAUGAUAGUGGCAGAUAUUGUGCUGCCCAACACCAUCCUCGGACUAGAAUCUUUCUGCCAGAAGUUUAAUGCUAGUAUAGACUCCGUCACAAUUGUUAUGAAGUUUGACGACUGUGGUGUUCAUCUCGAAGCCUUUGACAUCAUCGUAUCUAACGAAUCAUCCAUCAAUCUCCAUGGGAUAAUGCUACGCGCUCCGAGGAUUCAAUAUAGGAUUAGAAACGAUAUUAUUCCACCAUCCCGGUCUGGGGACACUGCGACAGAUUGCGGGCCCGAUGCCCACGUAGGGACAGCCACUAUCCCUAGCACUGAUAACCGUAAUCCAGAUCUACCAUCCUGCUUCUUCAUCGGAAACGUCGACAUUGGGGCAGAUAGAAUGGUUUUGCAAAUCUCCCUUCCUCUGAAUGGGCCCACUGCCGGUUCCCUUGCCUUCUCUUUAGUCCCGCUUCCUGGGACGUCAAUCAGCACCUCAUCCUUGUGUUCCUUGACUGGUGCUAGCGCCAGUUUUCUUGCUGAGCCAAAGGGCUUCGUGUUUCCUAGCGAGCUGCAAAUCGAGGGUAUUCUAGGAAGCAUUUCUUUGGGCAAUGAGGGGAUGAUCCGGAUUGAAUCCUUGAAGGCCGGGGUUCGUCUAGGACGCAGCCUUCCCCUUAUCUCCACCCCAAAGAUCCAGCUCAGUAACCCUACACUCUUCUUGAAUUACGCGGAACAACGCGAUCUUGCCUUCCAGCUUUCAGCGCAGUUAGUCAUCGGAGAGGUCAGCCUCAGAGUAGCUUAUUCUCGAGGCGAAGACGGUAGCGAUUGGUUUACCUGUGAACCCGAAACAAUUGCCGAAGCGGUUCCCUUCAAUUUCAGCUCGCUUCUCGACUUGGUUGGCCUCGAUGUGGACUCAUAUGUCCUUCCCCCAGUUCUAGUUGGACGGCCAAGUCUUGAAUUCGAUACUCUGAAGCUGAGUUUGCCGCAGACCGGCAGGCUAAAGUUGGCGGUAUCUGGAACAACUGUGUGGAAAAUGAAUAUUGGUGGUAUGUCGAUUAACCUUGAGCAGAUUUCCGUAGACCUAGAGUUUGUUCCUAUGGCUGAUAUUGUGCCGAUGAAUUGCAACAUUUCCCUCUCUGGCGACGUCUGCCUGGGGGACAUCAUUUCUCGGGCUAAACUCGAGUUGCGAACGGACAGAAAACCAUGCCUGACUGCCACGUUACAGAAUCCUAGCAAUGGCGUCGGAAAUAUUAAUCUGGAAGCUGUUCUAGCAGGUGCUGGCCGCAUUACUAGUAGCGGUGAUAGUAUGCUUCCGGAUGCGCUCAAAUCUUUCGAAAUGGACACUAUUGGACUAACCCUUGAAGCCGACUUUGAGAAUUCUAGUAUUUGCUUAUCGGGUCACUUUGGUGAUUUUGGCUCAGGAAUUUUCCGGCGCGUGCCCAGUACCUUUGGAAGUCAUCAGUCCAUCAUUGCUCUCUCUACGAAGAAUGCCGCCACACUGUGGCCCUCGCUUUGGUCGAACAUUAAAACCGUCGUUAGGGAUACGGAAGUAGCUCUCGUUAUCUUAUCCCACGCUACGAAAAUACCCUUCUUAGAGGCUUUGAUUAGUGAGGACCCAGGCAUGGAAAUCGCCAAGCCUUAUUGGCCCUUGAUCGAGUUCCUUCAACGCAAGCAACGAGCAGAACAACUCAAGAAUGUGGGGCCGGGGGCGUUGAUAGCUGCUUCUGUCCGUCUAGCUGGCUCGAAUCCACCUACCGCCGCGCCGUUCCGCACCUUAACAUCUACUUUAGAAGAGUCUCCCGAUGCAGCAAUGACCCUUUUUGCGAACAUCAGCCCAUCACCAGAAGACUCUAUCGUAGAGGUUUCAUUCCAAGGGUUGCGCUUGCUAGGCGGUUGCAUCACGCUCUGGGGGAACGGACAGUAUGAUUUCAAGAACGAGAAGCUCACUGCUUAUGCUUUCAUCAAAAUUAAGCACGAGACGAUUGAGGAGCCGCUUAAAUUUAGAGUCAAUGUCACAAUUGAUGAUAGGAAAGUGACAUUUGAGUCACCUGACGACAUCACAUUUCGGGAGCCAGUUGUCGCACAUUUCAAAGUGAUGAAGAGACUCGAAAUUCGGAACAUACGCGUGUCGGGAAGAACCAUGGCGAGCGCCCUUCGGGUUGAUUCUGCUAGUAUUCCCUCUCCGAACCCUUCUUCUAUGGUGCCUCAAUCGCUAUUCUUAAUUCUCCAAGGUGAAGCACAUGUAGGCAAGCACGUUGCAACCGGAUCCAUUCUCCUUCCAGGUGGGAAGCCCAAAGCGGCCGCCAUCGAAUUCACGCCAGAGACGAAGAUUCCUAUUUCUGAAUGGAUCGAAUCCCUAUUCGGGUCUAAAGUAGACGUGCCCAAGAUGGAACUAUCAGGGUUGAAUAUGGCGUACUCUCUGUCCAACGACAUCAUCAAAUACGAGGAAACAGGCCUAGAGUUGCGUCCAGGAUACCAUGUGAGGGCUACCGUCACCAUUUUCGGGAAGAUCUUCAACACUGCGAUCGAAAUGAGCGAAGAUGGACAUGGAUUCACUUUAACGAGCACAUGUGAUGGAGCAAUCGAUCUCGGUAUCGUACAGCUCACUCCUUUGGCUGGUCCAGCCUCGCAAGCCUCAGCUAUGGGCCCGAUGAUCACACUCACCAAGACAUCAAAUGCUGUUGACUUCCAGUUUCACUCUGGGUUGACUCUAUUUGGCUGCGAAGGGCAUUCCCUGCGGCUCUCCUACAAGGACUCAAAGUUCGCAGGAGAGGCAACGUACAAGGGCUGGUUGUUUGGCAUCGAAAAUCCCAAAUUCGACUUAAGUUUCUCGGAGUCUGGUGAAUGCGGCACGGGUGACUUUACCCUCCUUCAAAAUCUCCCAGGGAAAGAUCUCGCGGAAGGCAUUAAGAGCGCGUCUACAAGGGAUAAAGGCUGCAAGUGCGGACAAUUAGAAUUACCACUAGAUGAUGCGGAGUGUAAUGUGAGGUUUUCUCUGAGACUUCCGUUCGCCGAUCAUCGAGUCUCGAAGGAGUUGUUCAAGCUGUUCGCGAAAGUCAGCGUUGGGAUCAGUAUCGGUAAGUUCAGCACCACUAUCGAUCUCGGAAACUUGGAAGUGCCGAUUCCGUUUCCGAUAAGCAAAGAAAGCUUGCCGGAGGCGCUGGAACAGACUACACGGAAGAACUUGGAGAAAAUUGGAGAGCAAAUCUUGAGGCAAAAGCGGAAGUUUGCCGGCCUCGUUGGCGCUCUUAUUGCGAAAGGAUUGAGCAAGAGGACAACGGAGCAAUUGAUUUGCCGGAAAGUGAAAAGCAAGGAGCUCGUCAAACAUGCGAUAAGCACUACAUUAGCCGUGGCUUCAGUCAGCGGCGUGGCUGCUUCCGCGGUUAGCACGGCGGUUGGUGCAUCAUUGAGUCUCGGAACAGGAGCAAUCGGAGCAUUUACAGGCCCCAUUGGCACGGUCUUUACUACUUACCUGAUCGCUUCUACCGCCGUGAGGGCUAUCACGACUCCGAUUAGUAUUGCAAUGGGUACUUCGGGCGUAGGCAUUAAGCUCGGGUUUCUGUUGACUGCCCCAGUCAGAAAGACGGUAAAAGGAGUUGCUGGCUCAGUUCCCCUCAAUGACGACGAUAGCACCGAUAGUGACACCGAUGGCGAAGGUGAGGAUUUCGCGUCCGCCCGCGACGAAAUGAACCGAAUGUACAAGCAGCGAGAAACGGAGAUCCUGGAGGAUCAGCGACGGCAGCAGGCGACGCUCCAAGAGGUGAAGAAGAAAAUCGAGGGAAUGCUCGUGUUGAGUGGCCCGCCCAGGCUAGAGUAUGUGGUUGACGAUGAGAAUCGGUCCUGCGCCAUGCAUGUAGACUGGUCUGCUGUUCUGCCAAAAGAAGAGGGUUUCGACUUCGAUGACUAUCAGGGCUUCUCGUGGGAUGUGGAGAUCGGCCCAAAAGAUACACCGGAAGGUCCCAUUACUCGGACUACCGUUGGAGAAACCACGUGGACCUCGUACCCGGACGAAAAGUACCUCCAAUCAAGGACUAUGUAUGCCAAGGUCAGGGCCAGAUUCACGGCCAGGUGUGAGGACGAGAGCGAAGAUUUUGUAGCUAGUGCGUGGACUACGACGUAUGCGCAUCGUCUUCAGAUGCUUAAUGUACCCGAAGAAGUUCACCUAACAAUCACGAAGGAAUUAAAAGCAUUGGUGUUGGAAAUAUCGCCCUGUAUUUCCACCACAGUUACCCACAGAGUGCAGCUCAUCUCAAAGCUAAAGAAUGGGACGACUGGGGAGAUCCGAGAAACAACAGUAUCCGAAAUCACUCUUAGCGGAACAAAAAUAACGAUACCACUACUUAGUCUCAACAUCAUUGAGCCAUGCGACCUCCUCGCCAAAGUGAGUCAAGUGGCCACUGAUCCCUCAACAAAUGAGGCGGACUCAUUCCCAAUUCAGUCUGCGGAGACCUUGGAGGUUCGUCAUUGCGAGAUGCAGACACAGUCGACUCUUCUGGGAGAAGAAUUGACUCUGACGUGCAUAGCGGCCGAGGAGAUCAAGGGCAUGCUGUAUGCCCAUAAAGACCGCCAAUGGCGAACCCUCGAUCUUUUUGCUAGCCCCACGUCCCUCUUGUAUCUGGAUGAGGAAGCAAUGAAGUCCGAGCUCUAUCUAAUUCCAGAGCCUGAUUAUGAGAGGGGUAUCAUAUAUCUCCCAUAUCCAAUCAAGCCGGAGGCUCUUGCAGUUCCUAUCGACGCGCCAAUCAUCCAGGAUUCCUCUUUCUUGUCUCUUGAAGAACGCCGUCUGCAUCUAUCACUCCUCGUAGAUCCUCCUCAGCUAGACCACGAAUCUAUUCAUUACUUCGUCGUCACGGGUCUUCACAAAAAUACGUUUGACCAAGGCGUACAUACGUUCAAGAGUCACCCUGCGGAGAAUGACAAACUUAAUGUGAAGUUUGUAAUUGACCUACACGAGCCCCGACCAAAGUCGGUAUCUGUAUGCGCCAUUGUCGUUAAUGACAAUGGCGAACAUGUGCGAAGCAAGCCCAGCCUCGAAUUCCCUAUCCAUGUUCCUAUGGGUGAAUCAGCUUUCCCUUUCCACGCACUUCUUAGAGCAGAUGGCUCGCUUCUAGUAUCAUGGGUGAGGACUGAGGCCAGUGGCAUUGCGUGGGAAAAAAUGAAAGUCGCCAUAUUCAAUUCCUCUGGGUUCGAUAUUGAGAAUGCGACCGUAUCCUUUAACGAAGGCCAGGCGGUCUUCAGAAAAGAUGUCAUGAUGAAUGUCAAAGGAACGGAUAUUCUUAUCCGUAUAUUUCCAACAACACCUCACACCCAUGGCCAACUUUCCUUUUCUUCCUUCCAUAUCCCGGAGACCUGGUCAGCCACUCCUCCAGCCCAGGCGCUUCCUGGGGCAGAUAUCGUCAGCCCUAUAGGUAACUUCGCUACGAUAGUCUGUCAAUACCAGAGCGACCUCUACACGCGGAUCUUCUUUACAGCGGAUAACGGGAACAUAGUCCAGACAUACCGAAAGCACAAAUCCAAGAUCACAAGUAAGGCGAUAACAUUCAAACACGAGAACUGGAAAGUCAAGUACCUUCGUCAUUCUGGGAACGCGAUUCGAGGAGGUUCUAAUAUUGCAGCCACAGCAUAUCAAGGCAAUGGGAAAGAGAAGUGGAUGGAGUUAUUUUGGGUUGGGCCGAAGGGGAAGUUGGAGUGUGAGAUUAGUAAAGAUGGGGGAAAGCAUUUUGAGAAGUUUAAGUUUGAUAGGGAGUGGAAUAAAGAGGGCAUUGCCUCGAUGGAAAAGGGUGGAGCUGUCCUAACGGAUACGGUCGCGGGACGCAGAUAUCUUUGCUGGAUUACGGCGAAGGGCGGGUUACAAUGUAUAUAUAGACUUUCGCGGACCCCGGUAUGGACGCAACCGGAGUCUGUUGCGCCAGAUGGUAGCGUCGACAUUGCGGCAGGGGGGGGCAUGUGCUGGGUUUGUUUUGGGGUUCUAGAAGUACAUGCCGGACUUGCUUUCAUUGCACCCGAUGGUGCUGUGAAGCUUGCGGAGUACCGGGAACAUGGCAGUGAUGACGAAAGCAAUAACGGCAACAGCGCUCGAUGGCAAGUUUCCGAAAUCGCGGACCCAGGAACCGCAAAUCCGAGCUCAGCGAUCUCGGCAUACCUCUUGCAUGACAAGAACGCUUCCAACAUGAUAUUCUUCGCUUCUCCAGAUGGGGCGCUCUGUGGCUUAUAUAAAAACACCUCCCGCCGCGUCUGGGAACCCAUUAGGCCUUUUGCCGCCUCCAAAACGCUUCAUCCCCGCUCCAACAUCCUCCUCCGCGAAACGUACAACCCCGGAAAUCUGUCCCGUCAGCAGUGCAUACAGGUCUGGUAUCGCGGCGAAGAUGAAAGCUUACGAUGCACCGAGGCGUGGAUUAAAGACAACAUGUUCGAAAAGAGUCAGGAUGUAGAGGGUCUGGUAUGGAGCGAGAGGGAAGUGUUGCAGGGAUUGGAUGAGGUACUGAGAGGGCGCUGGGUAGGGGCUGUAGAUAGAGGGAGGAGUUUAAGGCAUGAGAGUGUGGGGAAGGCGAGGUGGGUGUUUGGCCAGAGGUGUGAUGGGAGGAUUGAAGCGGUGGAAAUCGGCGUUUGAGACCUAGUAUGUGUCGCAUAUAUUUUCG